CCAACACAUCCAGUCACACUCCCAACCCGGACUCAAUUACUGACCACUUCUCCACUCGUCUCUUUAAACAUCCCGCAAACAGCACAAAAAAAAGCUGGGAAGUAAAUGAAUUAAUUAAAUUCGCUUUAUUUUAAAGGAAUACGCCGAUUUUCGACGAUAAGGUGCACGGCAGUGAUGUCACAGAUCUGAGGACAGUGUCAUGCAAUAUGGAGUUUGGAGAGCAACUGGCCUCCCCAUCAUCAGCCCUGUCCUCCCUCCACAUGGCCUCCUCUUCAGCCAGCUCCUCCCCUGCUCCAACCCAGACACCCUCCACCAAGUGCAGCAGCCCAGCCCCCAGCCCUGCAGGCAGCUCACCUCUCACCACCUGUGGCCACUUGCUCCAGAUAACGGGGGAUGAACGUCUGAAUAUGUCUGGCAGCUCCAAUGGUUUCCCUUUAAUCAGCCGUCCAGCUUUUGGGCUCUACUCAUCAAGUUCAGGCCGCUCUGAGUUUGGAGGCCUAGGAAGUCUGGGUUUGUCUGCUUUGGCUGCUCACUCCCAGUUUGGUACAUUUCCUGACUGGUGGCGGCCAUCUGAAGCACAUACCAGAGGAGCAGCAGCCUUCUUCCCUCCUCUUAUGGGUCUACAUCCUGCAUUUGCAUCAACCUUCAAGAGCCACGAUCCUUCUCCCUUGCAGUCACGUACCUCAGUUUCUGUAGGCGUAACUGGAACAGUGAAUGGGAGGAGUGCUUCUUCUCCUUCUGGGAACUCUGCUGUGAACACCACUUCAUUUCCAACAAAGGGAAACACAGAGAGAACCAAAGCCAUCGGUAGUCCGAGUCAAAAGCGCAGCCAGGACCUGCGCCAAGUGCACCAGAAGACCAUUCAGAAAAGAAAUGACAAGAAACCCAACAGAAGACCAGUAGAGACCUCCAGCAUGAGUGGCAGCCAAUCGGGAUCCAUGUCGGAUAGUUCCAGUGAUGGCGAGGACAGCAGCAGUGAUCCUGAUGACGCGGAGGAGGACGAAGAGGAGGAGGAGGACAAUGAUGAAGAUGAUGAUGAUCAAAGCAAUGACAGCGGGGACUCUGACUUGGAAAAAGACAGUCCAGUGAAAGGGAAAGUCAAGCGGCUGACACAGAACUCUUCUGAGAGUAAGAAGAAGAGACCUUCCUCGGCAACUCGAGACAGUCACCGUGACAUUGUUCCUUUGGCUUCCUCGUACCGCCUCCAGUCCUCUUCUCAUCCGGCUGGCCUGUCGCAGUCCACAGUGCCGUUCCUCCAGAGCUCCAGGACUGCAGAGGAGGAAAGCCAGCAGCACAUCAGUGUCAUCCAGGCCACAGGGUUGGCAGCCAGCAACAGCCCCCUAGCACAGUCCCACAGAGAGGCCUCCCCUCUGCCGUCCAGGUCCUCACCCAACCCCAUCGCCUUCUCCAACUCACCGAAGCACCUCUCACAUUCGUCCUCACCAAAGCAUAGAUCUGUCUCCUCCUCUCCCAAACCUCUCGCUCUCUCUUGUCCUUCCAAGCCCCUGCCUUUGUGUUCCUCACCCAAGCCUCUCUCCCUGUCUUCUUCCCCCAAAACACCAACGCAGUUAGCUUCACAAAAAUCCCGACAUAAACCCAAAUUCUUGAUGGCCUCUCCGAAGCACACACCACUUGUUGAUGGCAUGAAAGAGAGCGGUGGAAGCCCUCCGGAUAGAGGAUCGUUACACUUGAUCAGUUUUAGAUUGAAACAGCCCCUUCAUUCCAUGGACUCAGUGAAGCAAGCGUUCUCUCUGCAACCUAAGAGCCAGAACUGGUAUAAAACUCACAAAAAUUCAGCAUCAUUGUUGCUGACACUGCAUAAACGUUUGUCAGUUAUGUUGAUCAGUCAUUUACUGUUUGUCCCACACAGCAAUGACACCAAUCUGUUCUUGAACCACCACCACCACCACCACUCUAAUGGAGUGAUCCACGGUGCAGUCCAGGAUGCACCCUUGGCCCUCAUCACCAAACCCCGCAGCCAGAGCAGCACCCCCAGUAGCAAGCCCCUCCAGGCAGCCGCCGGCCCUCACUAUCCCAUGCCCAUCAACCUGAGCACUGGCACCAAGGAGAUGUCGGGCAGCUCUGCUUCCCCACCUAAACCCUCUGCCUCAGCGGGUGUCGUUCACACACCAAGGAAGACGAAGAGUCUCAAGUGUGUGCGUGCAGGAAAAAGCCUCUCUAAAACCAACUCAUCCAGUCCACCUGUAGACUUGAUGAGAAGCAGUGAGUCCGACAUCCAUAGCAGCAAGGACUCGGACGACUCUUUAGGAGAUGACUACGAUGAUGAAGAUGAUAUUGAGGAUGAAGAUUCUGGCAGUAGCCUGUCAGAGUCGGAGAGCAAUCAGGAGAGCGACUCUGAUGGCUCUGAGGAUGAUAUGAAGGAGUGUGGUGAGACACAAGCGAAGAGCGGCGCAGAGAGGACUCCUCCGAAACUCGCUAAAGCCUCCUUGUCCACUCAAAAGUCCUCUACGAACGUCUCAGCCAACUGUUCCCUGCUUAAUCUGCAGAUCAUCAAGCCUCCUAGCUUACCUAGCAGCCUACUCACCGCCACCACAGUGACCAGCUCCCCUUCCUUCACGUUUACAACACUGCCAGAAACAGGGAAGAAGAGGAGGAGAGUAACGGAUGAGAGAGUUCUGCGGUUGCCUCUUGAGUUUGGGUGGCAGAGAGAGACCCGAAUCAGGACUGUGGCUGGUCGUCUACAAGGAGAGGUCGCUUACUUUGCUCCAUGCGGGAAGAAGCUGCGUCAGUAUCCUGAUGUAAUGAAGUACUUACUCCGCAAUGGAAUAACUGAAAUCUCACGGGACAACUUCAGCUUCAGUACAAAAAUUAAAGUUGGUGACUUCUAUGAAGCCAGAGAAGGACCAGAGGGUUUACAGUGGUUCUUGCUGGCAGAGGGGGAGAUAGCUCCCAGUAUCAUAGCAAUGGAUGGGAGGCGCAGCCGCUGCACAAAGUCCGACCACCAGCCGAUUGGCGAUGGUGCAGGGGCCAGACAGUGGAAGUCUCAUCCUCUUAAUAUUGGUGAAAAUAACUUCCAAGAUGUCAGUGACGCCAAGCUGCUGCGCAAACUGGAGGCUCAAGAAAUAGCUCGACAGGCAGCUCAGAUCAAAAUGAUGAGAAAACUUGAGAAGCAGGCCAUGGCGCAAGCAGCCAAGGAGGCGAGGAAGCAACAAGCAAUAAUGGCUGCAGAGGAGAAGCGGAAAAAGAGGGAGCAGAUGAAGAUUCUUAAACAGCAGGAGAAGAUCAAGCGCAUUCAGCAAAUUCGUAUGGAGAAAGAACUCCGUGCACAGCAAAUUCUCGAGGCGAAAAGAAAGAAGAAAGAAGAAGCAGCCAAUGCCAAAAUAUUGGAGACUGAGAAGAGAAACAAGGAGAAGGAGAUGCGAAGACUGCAAGCUGUCAUACUGAAGCACCAGGAGUUGGAGAGGCAUAGACUAGAUAUGGUAUGGGAGAGGGAAAGACGCAGGCAGCACAUGAUGCUCAUGAAGGCCGUGGAGGCCCGUAAGAAGGCAGAGGAGAAAGAGCGUCUGAAGAAAGAGAAGAAGGAUGAGAAACGGUUAAACAAGGAGAGGAAACUGGAGCUGAGAAGACUGGAACUGGAAAAGGCAAAGGAGCUGAAGAAGCCAAAUGAAGACAUGUGUUUAGCAGAUCAUAAGCCACUUCCAGAAUUGUCCCGAAUCCCUGGUCUGGUCUUACCAGGAAGUACCUUCUCUGACUGCCUGAUGGUGCUGGAGUUUCUACACAGCUUUGGGAAGGUCCUGAGGUUAGACAUAAAUCCACACAUGCUCAACCUAAAUGACCUUCAAGAGGGCUUGCUCAACAUUGGGGACGGUAUGGGCAAGGUUCAGGACCUGCUGGUGAGCAUGCUCUCUGCAGCCGUGUGUGAUCCUGGAAUACCUGCAGGUCACAAGACUAAGACCGCCUUGGGGGACCACCUGACUAAUGUGGGGAUCAACCGAGACAAUGUGUCAGAGAUCCUGCAGAUCUACAUGAAGGGUCACUGUGAGCAGACAGAGCUGGCUUCUCUGGCCCUCAGCCUCAGGACCAAGUCUUUUCAGGCCCACAGCCCAUCACAGAAAGCCUCCAUGCUGGCAUUCCUGGUUAAUGAGCUCUGCUGCAGUAAGGCUGUGAUCAGUGAGAUCGACAAAAACAUAGAUCACAUGACCAACCUGAGGAAGGAUAAGUGGGCUGUCGAGGGAAAGCUUCGCAAACUCAGGAGCAUCCACGCCAAGAAGACGGGGAAAAGAGACAACAGUGUCGGGGGAGAGGACAGCCACAGCUUUGCCAUCCCCACGGCCAGAAACAAAUGCAAGAGGAAAGAAGGGGACAGUGAGGAAGAAGAGGACGAGGAUGACGACAGCGAAGACCAAGGAGACGACGACGAUGAGGAGGAAGAAGAAUCCGGAGGAAAGAAGGGGAAGAAAGCAGAGAUAUGUGAAGAGGAGGAUGACAGUGUACACUCGACCAGCAUGGAGGAGCUGGAGAAACAGAUCGAGAAAACAUACAAGCAACAGAGUCAGAUCAGACAGAAGUUAUUCGACGCAUCUCAGUCACUGCGCUCCAUGACGAUAGGACAGGACCGCUACAAGAGACGUUACUGGGUCUUUCCGCAGUGUGGCGGCAUCUUUGUGGAGGGCAUGGAGAGCGGUGAAGGUUACGAAGAGGCAGAGAAAGAGAAGACAAAACAGAGGACUGCUCAGGUGAUCAGAGUGAAAGAAGAGUCGGAAGAGACAGAGAAGUCGGUGGUCUGCAGCCCAGCACAGAGCACAGACGGUGACACAACCACAGCAGAGAGCCAGCAGGACAAAGACAGCCUCAACCUCUUCCUCCAAAAACCCGGCUCCUUCUCUAAGCUCAGCAAACUCCUUGAAGUGGCCAAAAUGGCUCAAGAAUCAGGCAUCAAUUCUCACAACAGCCAUUCUGCUAAAGUCCCUACCGCUGCAUCUUAUCUCUCAUAUCCCACCUCUCAGACAGCCACUCCUCAGCAGGGGCUGAUAGAUAAAAAGGAUACUUCAGUGCCAUCUCUGCUCAAAAGCAGCCCCUGGAUAACCUGCAGCCCCCAGUCAAGCCUUCAUGACGACCAGCUCGCCAAGGCUCUGAUGGAAAAGGGCAGCCAGUGGUUUAGCCUCUUUCCGCGCUCUCCUUGCGACGAGUCCUCAGUCACCUCUGGCUCUAGCCCUCCGGCCCCCUCCUCCUCUCCUCCGCAGACCAUCAGCGCCAAAUCCCCCUCCUCCCUCUCCCCUAAUCCCCCGGCUACAGCCAGCUCCAGCAAUCCUGCCAAGAUCAAUAGCAUGCAGUCUUCUAUCUUUCAGCAAGUGAAGUCUGGCAUUCACCAGAGCACACUGACACCGUGUGACAUGUCCAGCGCAGCCACAAGUCCCAGCCCGCCCUUCUCUGGCACUUCUCUACCCUCCAUGCUGGAUCUGGCCUCACAGUGUGCAGAGGGUAAUGGGAACAAGGUCUUCUUUUUGGCAAAUAACAACUCUGUCAACAAGAGCGAGACCCCAGAGCCCCUGAGUGACAAGCCUGCUUGUCCCUCAUUCCCUGCUGCAGAGGUGGCCAAGACCCAGGACUGCCCUGGUCCUCAGCCUGUCCCCGAGGAGAUGCUGCGUGGCUGGUGGAGGGUGUCAAACAUGGAGGAGCUGCACCGUCUGGUCAAAGCCCUCCACAGCCGAGGCAUCAGAGAGAAGGUCUUGCAGAAACAGAUCCAAAAACAUAUGGAGUACCUGACACAGCUCUGUGCAAGCAGCAAAGAUGCAAUUGAUGUGGCAGAGCUGGAGAAGCAUGAGGUGAGUGGGGACACAGUGGAGAGUUGGUGUGUUGAGGAGCAGGCCAUGGAGGUGGACAUCAGCCAGCUGCAGCAGGUCGAGGAUCUGGAGAGGAAAGUCAUCUCAGCCAGCCUGCAGGUCAAGGGCUGGAUGCAUCCUGAGCCGCAGUCAGAGAGGGACGAUCUGGUCUAUCACGAGCACAAGCUCUUCUCGUCUUCUGCUCCAGAGAAGACUGGACAGAGUGAAACCAGCCAGGAGGAACUUCCUGGCACCAUGGUGCGGCGGCCCAACAAUCCCCUCGAUAUAGCUGUCAUCAGGCUGGCAGAGCUGGAGAGGAACAUCGAGCGAAGCAGUGAGGAGGAGGCGGCUCCGGGGAUGAGGCUGUGGCAUAAAGCCCUCAGUGAGGUCCGCAGCUCAGCUCAGCUGUCACUCUGCAUCCAGCAGCUGCAGAAAUCCAUUGCGUGGGAAAGAUCCAUCAUGAAAGUGCACUGCCAGCUAUGUCAAAAGGGGGAUAAUGAAGAACUGCUCUUACUCUGUGAUGGCUGUGACAAAGGCUGCCACACCUACUGCCAUAAACCCAAGAUCACUACAGUACCUGACGGCGACUGGUUUUGUCCCACUUGUGUAGCAAAGUCUUCUGUGUGUUCUGUCAAUCAGGAAAGUGGUCAGUCCCCCCGGAGCAGGAGGCAACAGAGCCGAACAGCUGGAGGAGGGAAGAAAGGCAGCGAGGUAAAACGAAAUGGUAAGCCAUCUGCGGGAGGAGAGCUCAUCAAAGAGGAGGCUGCCAGCAGCAACAGCCUGCCAAAAAAAGGUACCAAGGAGUUCAAGAAGAGGAAAGGAGAUGACAGCCCGCCUGGCUCCCAGGCCGGCCGUGACAGCCCUGUCCCCUGUGUGAAAAGAGCCAAAACGGCCAAAGACAACAACUCAGAUGGGCUGGCGAUGUGCCGAGUGCUGCUGGCUGAGCUGGAGGCCCAUCAGCACGCUUGGCCCUUCCUCACACCGGUCGACCACAAAGCCGUCCCCGGGUACAGGAAGGUCAUCAAGAAGCCCAUGGACUUCUCCACCAUCCGAGAAAAGCUCAUCAACAACCAGUACUCAAAUUUGGAAGCUUUCAUCGUCGACGUGAACCUGGUGUUUGAGAACUGCGAACGAUUUAAUGAAGACGAUUCGGAAAUCGGACGAGCCGGCCACAGCAUGAGGAGCUUUUUUGACAAACGAUGGACGGAGCUGCUGAAAUGAAAAAACAAAAAUGAAAACCAGUCUGGACUUUCUGUGCUACUCUCUACAUAUCAGACUUCAUCUUUAGUGUUGGGGGCCUUCUUGUCACCUGUGACACUAAACACACAGUAAGAAAAACACUGACGUGCAAUGUGAAGGGACACGUUCUCCUGCUGAGAAAAGACACUUCAUGGAUUAAAAUCUUAAAGUGCAAUACUGUUUCCUUUAUCAAAACGCACCGACUCUCGGACUCAAUGUUGUAUUUGGGAAACAAAGAUUUCCACUGUAGAUAGCUCAUUGGCUUUUUUUAAAAUCAUCAGUACGUUCGCUUCGUGUUUAUGUGUGUAUUUAUUUUCUCACGUAUUUAUGUUACAGUCCGUCUUUUGUAAGAAAAAGCAGGAAAUGGCACACAGCUUUAAAAAAAAACAUGAAAUAUUGUUUUAUGGAUUAUUGAACAAGCCAAUAAAAAAGGAAUUGUUUACAGCUCUCUGACUGUACUGUAGGGUGCCAGCAGUUCAUCUGUGUUAACUGUGUGAAGGACAAGGAGGCAUCACUGUCACUAUUUACAGGUUAUUUCUAACAUGUAUAGCGUGUACAGUACAGAGUACAGUCUUAAAAAUACUGUUAAUGCUUAAGGACGAUUGUAGCACUUCAUAUGUCUCAUACUGUACUGCACAUGUGCUGAAUAUCAACUCAAAACACUGGUCUCCUCAGUAUUGUAGUGCCUGACCUCUGACCUCUUAACAGCGUAUGGAGGAGCGAGUUAUUUUUAUUUAUUUAUUCUUUUUUUUUUUGUAUUUUCAGUGUGUGUGCCGUGUGUGUGUCCUGCACAGUAUACUGUAGGAAACCCUUACACAAAAUGUAAAACUCUUUAGAGCCUUUCCUCUGAAAAGAAUUGAUGUGGUGCAUCUAGUGUGUUUCAUCUCCAAGCAUUUCCUUCAGCCAGAGCCUCGUCAGACAUCCCGAGGACGGACGUGAAGACCUGCACCGGGCUUCGAUCCAGCCGGGAGCGGGACAGUGUCAGGGUCCACCGGAGGCGUCUCAAGACAGCUGAAGCCAGAAGUAACUGUAUUUUAUUAUGAAUGUUGUGACAUGAGUAGCGACUUUUGUGGGAAUAUUAUUUUUAAAUAGUGGGUGUGUGGCACAGAUAAAAUAAA